AUGGCCGGCCACCAGGGUCCGACCAUUCUCUUCCGGACCCCCAGGGAGCUCCGCUGGGGGGCGCGGCACUUUGGAGAAAGGUCCCCGAGUCAAGGCGAGCUAGCGCUGCAAGCCUCCUUCCCUCCCGACUCGGGCGGCCUGAGCCUGCGCCCGCUCCAGUUGCUGCAGCUGCUGCUGCUGGCGCCAGCUGGCAGCGCUGGGUACGCACCGAAGUGGCUCUGGCUGCCAGGAGGGGGCGAGGAAGAGCCGGAGGAGGCGAGAAGGAAGAACAAGCAUAGGCCAAUGAGGCGCAUCGUCCUGGCAACGAGCUCAGGGAGCAGGGAUUUGGCAAAUGGUGGCGGUGGCGGCGGCGGCGGGGGAGGAGGCAACUGAAUGAGUAGCAGCAAUACAUGUGCGAACCAUCUCAGCCCAGAUGCAUCCUCCUCCCCCUCUUCCUCCUCGUCCUCAGUCUACAUGCCAAAAAUGGGGUUCACCAUUCCAGUGACGAUGAAGACCAACAGCCGAGACCAACACGUGUGGUGGGCUUUCCUGGCUUCCUUCAUGGUAACUUUACUCGGGGGCCUCUUCAUCAUCCAGCUCUGGCGGACGCUCACGUAUCUGUGCACUGUUUGCUGGCACUGCGAGGGCAAGACGAGGGUGAGGUGCGCCCUGGGUGUCCGCCCCCUUUGCCACCCCGCCGCUUCUCCGCGUCCCCAAGAGCGCACCUCCCCGCUCUUCACAGCGCGGUGUCUCCCUCCAUCUCGGCCCGCCCUCCCCUCGCUGCCUUCUCUUCCCUGCGUUCUACCUGCGCGCUCGGAUUGGGGCAGCGAGCGCUGCGCUGGAGGUGAGGAGUUGCCCCCCAACCCGUGCGCUCCGGGACGCUGAAGCCCAAUCUUGUCCCCUCCUAAUCAUUGUAGGGAUGUUUGCGGCUGCGGCCAGGGUGGGAGAUCCGUGCUGCUUGGGUG